AUGUCAAUUACCUUGCGGAACUGUAUGACAGCAACAAUUCUUUUUCCAAAUGCAAACGAUGUUUCCGUCAACAAAACCAUUUGCACAAAGAUGGGUGUAGCUGAGGAGUACAAUUACAACUUACAAAAUAUCUACGACAAUGUUUUCCGAAAUCAAAAAGUCUUCCGAAAGAGUUUUCGACGCAUCACAAAGGGCAAGAAAUACUCUAUUGCAAAGAAGCAGUACGAAUACGAGAUCAACAAAACCUACUUCCUGGGCGAAGACGAUGCCGCCCAUUUCCACUUUGAGCGAAUGGCAGAAAUCCGAAAAAGCUACACAAAAGAAUUUUGUAUGCUCGCCAAUUUGUAUUAA